CCAAAAAGUAUAUAGAUGGUAUCCAGCAAAUCAAAAGAAGGCAGUGGUGGAUCUGCUUUGAAACGACUCAAAAAAUCACUUGUAGCCGCUGGUGUAGUUGGACCACAAUCCAAAUCAAAUCGAUCAAAAAAGGAUCGCAAAAAGGGAAAGCCAGUAACAGACAAGAUCGAUGUUGACAAGAAGCUGGCUCAUAUCAGAGGCGAAUUCAACCCUUUUGAAAACAAAGUCCAACGUCAAAAGUUUGAGAUCUUGGGUAGAAAGCUCAAGGGUACUCAAGGCAAGCCUGCUCUUAGCAAACAGAUUGGUGAAGAAAACCGAAAGAAAACAUUGUUGUUGGAAAUGAAAAAUAAGAAUCGUCAUGGUGGUAUUAUCGAUAAACGUUUUGGUGAAAGCAAUCCACACUUGACGCCCGAAGAAAAGAUGCUGGAGAGAUUUACAAGAGAAAAGCAAAAGACAGCACGUAGCUCCAUGUUCAAUUUGGAAGAUGAUGAAGAUAUUUCACUUACUCACUACGGCCAAUCACUUUCAACCAUGGACGACUUUGAUGAUGCUGGUCUUGGUCUCAGUGACGAGGAUGAGAGCGGACAGAUGGACAAGAAUGUGGUAUCCAAAUUGCACUUUGGUGGAUUUGGUGAUGAAGAAGAAGAACCAGAACAUAAACACAAGUCAAAGCAUGAAGUCAUGAAGGAAAUUAUUGCCAAGAGUAAAAUGUACAAGGCUGAGCGUCAAGCAGCCAAGGCAGAGGAUGAAGAGCUGCGUGAGACCUUGGAUGAUGAACUGAAAGAUAUUCGUGGCCUUUUAGAGACUAAACCUGCUCGAAAGCCCUUACCUUCUCAGACCUCUUUGUUCAAGAAGGUUGAGGGAGAGAACAAUGAUAAGGACUUGGAAGAUUACUCCGAUUAUGACACGGCCCUCUUGGAAUUGGCAACCGAUCGACGUGCAAUGGCUACAGACCGUACCAAGACAGAGGAAGAAAUUGCCUUGGAGGAAAAAGAAAAGUUGGAAAAGGCAGAAAGAGCUAGAAAGAGGCGUAUGGAAGGACUUGACUCUGAAGAUGAAGAAGAGGUUGAUAAGAAGGGCCGCAAGAAGAGAAAAAAUGCUCCUCAGGGCGAUGACCUCGAAGAUGAUUACUUGGAAGAAUUAGAAGAUGAAGUUGAUCGACUUGGUAAAGGUCUGACACUUGAAGGCAUUCAAAAUGGUGAAAUGGAUGAAGAUGAAGAUGAAGAAGACGAAGAAGAUGAAGAGAGUGAAGAUGAGGAUGAAGAAGAAGAAGAAGAAGAAGAAGAAGAAGAAGAGACUGAUAAUGAAGACAUUGAAGGUAGUGAUGACGAAGCUCCUGACUUUGGUGACGAUGACGGUGAUGACAUGAAUGAAUUCGGACAAACCGGCACUAUCAAAAAGAAACCCUCGGUUCAGAGUAACAAACAGUCAACCGCAAAUGAAAAACGUGAAAUUCCAUAUACAUUUGAAUGCCCAGAAAGUCAUGAUUCUUUCUUGUCGAUACUUGAAGGACUUGAUGUACAGGAUGUACUUGUAGUAACCCAGCGUAUUCGAGUUCUCUAUCACGUCAAACUUCAUCCCGAGAAUAAACAGAAACUGUCGGCCUUUUUGGGUGUCUUGGUCGAUCAUGUGGCGUAUCUUGCAUCAACCGUUAGCCCAUUACCGAGGGAAGUGCUAGAGAAGCUUAGUGUUCAUAUCUUUGAAUUAUCACAACAAGCGCCUGAAGCAGCAGCCGAUCUGUUUACAGACAAAUUACGAAAGAUGCAAGCUGAAAUGGGUAAAAAAAUCAAAUUUGAUAACGGCUCAUCCUGGCCCGAUGUCGAAGAUUUGAUUUACCUGAGGACAAUUGGCCAAAUAUUUUCUACAUCUGACUUGCAGCAUCCGAUUGGCACACCGGCAACAUUGUUUAUGUGUCACGCGCUUGCACAGUGCAAGGUUCAAACGGAAGUUGAUGUGGGACGAGGUCUGUUCCUUACACAGGUACUCUAUGAGUAUCAAAAAGUAUCUAAGCGAUAUGUACCCGAAGCCUUGAACUUUUUAUCCAAGAAUUUAGUAAUGCUAGCACCCAAAGAUACCUUUGCCUCAGAUUUCCCUGGUCUCUUCCCAUUAGAUAAACUAGGUCAGAUGCCUAUCAAGAAUAUAAAAGGCAACGAUAUCGAACAUAUUCCAAAUGUUACACUAGAUGAAUUGAGUACAGAAACAGAGAGUGACGACCAUUAUCGACUUUCACUCAUUCAAGCAACAUUACGCCAGUUAGAGAAAUAUUUACAAUUAUAUGCAUCCACUGCUGCAUUCAAGGAGGUAUUUGAGGGCACAUUAGAUGUGAUAGAACGUUUGAGCUCGCUAGAAUGGCAUAAAGACAUUAAGAAUUUGCUUGAUACAUUAAAAGGCCGCCUGGAGCGACAGAUUAAAUUCUGUAUAGAGAAAAGAACAAAGACACCUCUCAGAAUGCAACAACACCGACCGAUACCGAUCGCACAACAUCUUCCCAAGUUUGAAAAAGCUUAUUCGAUGGAUCGCCAUUACGAUCCAGAUCAGGCUCGAUCUCAACUCCGCAAAUUGGAAUCACAAGUGAAGAAGGAAAAGAAGGGAGCCAUGAGAGAAUUACGUAAGGACAACCAAUUCAUUGCUAGAGAAAAAGUCAAGGAACGUAAAGCAAAGGAUGAAGAAUACAACAAGAUGAUAAAUAGUGUUAUGCACAUUUUAGAAGGAGAACAAUCAGAAAAGAAGCAACUCGAACGGGAAAAGAAAAAGAAAUGAUAAAUGGGGUUAAACUAAUAAAUCUUCGAUCUAAACAUGAUGUGUUACUACUUACCUUAUAUGGCAUUUGCUACCCAAUCGCUG